CCAGUUCCCAGCACCAUGUGGCAGCGGCUUCUCGCGGCCCUGCCAGCAGCCUACGCGCAGUGCUAUGGCGAGGAAUGCACCUGGCAGGACGAGGAGUGGAGAACCGUGGACCCCUGGGCGCAGACCAUCGAGGAGCAGGUCAUUCAGCUGUACGCGGAAGGGGAGAAGGGCGGAUUCGCAGAGGACGCGGAUCUUCAGCCGCGGCGGCUGCGCGUGUGCUCCAACUCCGGGUCUGACUGCGUGAAGGCGAGCAAGCUGCCGAAGCUCCUGAAGAAGACCACCCAGCCCUUGAUCCUGCAGGGGUUGUGGGGUGAGGGCUGGCCGCAGGAUCCCUCCUGGAGCAAGGCGCGCGUCCUGGAGCGUCUCGGGCAGCUGGGGCUCACAGUGUCCCUGGGGAGUUUGUACCCCGUGGAGGGCGGCGAACCGGUGCGCCGGUUCAAGGUCCACCUGGCGGAGCUGCUGCAGAAGUUCCUCCCCGACCCCAGGUUUGUGGCCUUCGACCACAUCACAGACGAGGUGACGGCAGACAUUAUGGGAGGCACAAAGCUCUUCAAGAGGAUGUCCAAAGGCCAAAACCCGGUGCUGUCCUUGGGGGGCCCUCGCAGUGGGAUUCCCUGGCACACCCACGGCGAGAGUUCGCUGAUGUGCUUCGUGGGGCGGAAGCGCUGGUUCGUGUACCCGCCGGCCUCUGCCGAUGCUGCAUUCCGCGGGCAUCCCUUUCUAGGCUCGCUGAACUGGACGCGCCAGAAGUUGCCCUCGCUGAAACCGUGGCAGCGGCCGCUGACCUUCCUACAGCAGCCCGGGGACUUUGUGUAUUUGCCGCCCGGCUGGCCCCACUUGACGUUGAACCUGGACGACACGCUCGCAGUAGGCUGGCAGGACUUCCUGGACAACUCCAUGCUGGACAGUCUGCUGAAGGGCUGUGAGGACCCUCCCACAGACCCAGACAGCUGCACGCUGCUGGCGCAGCGCUGUCGAGAGGGGAUUUGCGCCUUCGGCCGGGACCCCCUGGCGCUCUACGCCUCCGCGCUGCAGGCGGAGCCGCUGCACCUCGCGGCCGCCGGCCACUCCGCGGAGCUGGACAUCGACAGGCUCGAGGACACCGCUGAUGUGUUGCUGCAGUCUGAGGAGGCGCUGCUGAAGAACCCCUACAUCGACAACCUCACCUUGGCCUAUGGCUGGAUCUACCUGGCGCAAACCACCUACAACCUGGGAGGCGAUAAGGACCUGGCGGACGCCUAUCUCAGCCGCGUAGGCCGCCUGGUGCAGGGGGACCACCUGGGCUUUGAAGCCCUCGCCCUCUACGACAAAUCUGGCGGCGUCAAGCCCUUCGACUACGGCAUAGGGAUACGGAAGGAAGAGCUGGAGCAGAGGCAAGCAAAGAAAUCAGCGGGCGAAAGCAAGGACAAAGAGGAAGAGGAGGAGGAAGAGGAAGAGGAAGAGGAGAAGGAAGAGAAGAGGAAGAAGAAGCAGAGAAUGAAUAGAAAA